UUGCUUAUUCGCCAUGGCACCCUGUCAGCUUUACACCCUAAAGUCGCCAUUUUUUCUGAAGCAAAUCUCAGAUAUUCCAAGAAACAACCCCAGAGGAACUCAUUUCUCAAACUCUGCUUCCAUGAAUAAAGCCGUUUCCAUUAUUUCCAUGCAACAGAACAUCACUCAUUCAAAAUCAACGUUAAAUGAUGACAUUCAUAUCAGACAUGCAAAAGAAUUGAAGAACGUUAAGAAAAUCUUCUUUGAAAAAGCAAAAGAGAGAUCAGUGGAUGGUUUAUAUAUGAUUGAUAUGAUUCAAAAGCUUGGGAUUGAACACCACUUCGAAGAGGAGAUUCAAGAAGCUGCUCGGAAACACUAUCUGAAGCUUGGAACUCACAGCUAUUAUAACACAGAUCAUAAUCUUCAGCUCUCUGAAGUUGCACUUCAAUUUCGCUUGUUAAGACAACAACUUUGUGAUAUAGAUACGGGCGUGUUUGGGAACUUCAUGGACAAGAAGGGAAAGCUGAGGCAGAAAUUCUGGGGAGACACUGAAGGGCUGAUUGAACUGUUCGAAGCUUCACAGUUAAGUAUGGAAGGAGAAGAUGAUCUUCAUGAAGCUGGGAACUUUACAUGUCAUCUUCUAAGUUCAAGAUUCCAUGAUCAUCAUGAAGCUAAUGUUAUUGCAAAUACUCUCAAGUACCCAAUCCACAAAAGUUUGCCCAGGUUUACCCCCAGAAAUUUCCAUUUUUCAAAUUCCCAACUUAACAACGGGUGGUUAAUGCCUCUAGAAAACCUGUCCCAUAUCAAUACACAAAUUGCUAACUCAAUCAACCUGAAGGAGAUAUAUGCAGUGUCUAAGUGGUGGAAAGAGCUAGGUUUGGCCAAGGACUUUAAGUUUGCUAGAGACGAGCCGAUAAAGUGGUACAUGUGGUCCAUGGCAUGCCUCACGGAUCCUAUCUUUUCAGAAGAAAGGAUCGAACUCACAAAGCCCCUAUCUCUGGUAUACAUAAUUGAUGAUAUAUUUGAUGUUUAUGGAAGUUUGGAUGAACUCAGUGUCUUUGUAGAUGCUGUUAAGAGAUGGGAUUUGGGAGCAACUGAGCAAUUACCAGACUACUUGAAAGCUUGCUUCAAGGGCCUCUAUGAUAUUACCAAUGAAUUUUCCAUUAGGGUCCAAAACAAACAUGGAUGGAAUCCUGUAAAAACAUUAAUCAAAUCGUGGAUAAGAUUGUGCAAUGCCUUUUUGGAAGAAGCCAAAUGGCUCAGUUCAGGGAAGUUACCAAAUAGUGAGGAGUAUUUAGAGAACGGGAUUGUGAGCACAGGGGUGGAUGUGUGCCUUGUGCACGCAUUCUUCAUGUUAGGUGAAGGCAUUACCAAUGAAACUUUGGUUCUCAUGGAUGGCUUUCCACCUUUGGUAUCCUCCACAUCCACAAUUCUCAGGCUCUGUGAUGAUUUAGAAGGUGCAAAGGACAAUGAUCAAGUUGGUAAAGAUGGAUCCUAUCUUACCUGUUACAUGAACGACCACCCAGGAGUUUCUGAGGAAGCCGCAAGAGAACAUAUCAAACAUAAGAUCUCGGAUGCAUGGAAAUGUCUCAACAAAGAAUGCUUCACUCCAACAAAUCCAUUUCCCUUGUCUUUUGCUAAAGUUUGUUUGAAUGCUGCGAGGAUGGUGCCUAUAAUGUAUAGUUACGAUAACUGUAGCCCAUCAAGGCUAGAAGAGCAUGUAAAAUCUUUGCUUUAUGGUGAUGGGCUCAGAGAGAUGAUACAGCAGAAAGAUCAGACCCUUGUAUUGUGAAAAUAAUGGGGCAUUACUUUUUAUUAUCACACUAGUUAUAUCUAGGGGUGUCUAGGUGGAAACCAAACUAUGGUUUUAAAAGUGAUUUUAUAAUAUAUAAGGUGACUAUGUAAGGAGAGUUUUGUUUCAAUUUGUGUAAAUGUGCUUUUUAAAAAUAGUUGUGUAUGGUCUUUUAUAAUUUGUAUAAUUUUAGGGAGACAGACAAGAGUUGAGUCCAAGGAGACUUGUUACUAAUAAAAGUCUAUUUCUUUUUAUC